AUGCCCAGAGUAAAACGUCUGGCCCAGGUGACCUUGAGUGAGGGAGACAUAGGAGACAAAUUGGGCCGGGCCAUCUGCGAAGGACCCAGACAGGAAGAGUGUGGGGUCUUUGAGGAGGUGGGGGGUGUGGUCCGGUGCGGGGGGGUGGAAGGAGGGAAGGGGGGGGGGGGGGGGGGGGGGGGGGGUUGUGGAAAAGGUCACACCGAAAUAAUUCAUCAGAACGCAUCAGAGCAGAGAUACUGA